CGAAUAAAAGUAAACAGUCUAGUAAAAGUCAAUGCAAGCUGCACGUGUUGUGUCUGGGUCACUGGUAACUGACAUUGAUAUGGCUGGGGCGCUCUGGCUUCUCGCUCUCCUUCCCCCUCACCCACCUCCCACCUCUUCAACCGUCUCCCCCGCCCCCCUUUCCCCACCCCUUCACUCCCUUCCAUUUAUUUUCUGCUUUUCUCUCCCAUGUCUCUCUACUCCUCCACAGUCACUCCCGCCCCAUCCCCGCUGGGUCUCCUCCUUCCCUCGCAAGCUCGCCACCUCGCCCCCUCCCUCCCCCUACUCCGCCUCUCCUCUCGCUCACCCACCUCCCCACCCCUGUCUCCUCGCAGCUGGGAAUUGCUGGCUCCGCCAAGCGAAAAACGGCCGCUGCCAGGUCCUGUACAAGACCGAACUGAGCAAGGAGGAGUGCUGCAGCACCGGCCGCCUGAGCACCUCGUGGACCGAGGAGGAUGUAAAUGACAACACGCUCUUCAAGUGGAUGAUUUUCAACGGGGGCGCCCCCAACUGCAUCCCCUGUAAAGAAACAUGUGAGAACGUGGACUGUGGCCCCGGGAAAAAGUGCCGAAUGAACAAGAAGAACAAACCCCGCUGCGUCUGCGCCCCAGACUGUUCCAACAUCACCUGGAAAGGGCCAGUCUGUGGGCUGGAUGGCAAAACCUACCGCAACGAAUGUGCACUCCUCAAGGCCAGAUGUAAAGAGCAGCCGGAACUGGAAGUCCAGUACCAGGGCAAAUGUAAAAAGACAUGUCGGGAUGUUUUCUGUCCAGGCAGCUCCACAUGCGUGGUGGACCAGACUAACAAUGCUUACUGUGUGACGUGUAACCGGAUUUGCCCAGAGCCCACCUCCUCUGAACAGUAUCUCUGUGGGAAUGAUGGAGUGACCUACUCCAGUGCCUGUCACCUGAGGAAGGCUACCUGCCUACUGGGCAGAUCGAUUGGAUUAGCCUAUGAGGGAAAGUGUAUCAAAGCAAAGUCCUGUGAAGAUAUCCAGUGCACUGGUGGAAAAAAGUGUUUAUGGGAUUUCAAGGUUGGCAGAGGCCGGUGUUCCCUCUGCGAUGAGCUGUGCCCCGAGAGUAAGUCCGAGGAGCCUGUCUGUGCCAGUGACAAUGCCACUUACGCCAGUGAGUGUGCCAUGAAGGAGGCUGCCUGUUCAUCAGGUGUGCUGCUGGAAGUCAAGCACUCCGGAUCUUGCAACUCCAUUUCGGAAGACACCGAGGAGGAAGAGGAAGAUGAAGACCAGGACUACAGCUUUCCUAUAUCUUCCAUUCUAGAGUGGUAAACCCUCCACCAAUGUUCAGUGUUGAUAUAGCCUUUGGGCAAAAAAAAAAAAAAAAAAAAAAAAAAAAAAAAAAAAAAAAGAAAAGAAAAAAUAUAUUGUCCAUACUGUAAAUAAGUGUAUGCUUAUUUAUUUGGGGGGAAAACUAUACAUAAAGGACGUUUGUCCUAGAGCUCUCUCCCAGGCCACCUUGUUACUCAUUGGACACGGAGAGGCAGUCAUUGUGAGGUCUACUGGAUGAGGCCCAUAGUUGAGACUUGUAGACAUUUAUUUAUACUGUGUCAUGUUUUAUAAUUUAUACAUAAAAUGUCUGGUUGACUGUACACCUUGUUUUUGAAGAAAUUUAUUCGUGAAAGGAAGAGCAGUUGUUAUUUAUUGUGAGGUCUCUUGCUUGUAAAGUAAAAGCUUUUUUUUUUUUCCUUGUAAACCAUUUAAGUCCAUUCCUUACUAUUCACUCACUCAUCUGUCUCCCUUCAUCUCACUGUUGUUAGACUCUUUUCCACUUUAACAAACUUGCAUGUCAGUUUCUGUCAUGUUUUUUAUUUAUUGGAUUCUCUGCUGCCUGUUCUGUACAUACAUGAUCCCUCGGGUUUUGUUUACAAGGAAUCUUGACUGACCAAAAGGCAUUAUAACUGACUCAAAUAGAAGGUACAGAGGAUACAUCUUUGAGGAAACUCCUAGUUCAGUUCUCUUGUCAUGAUUUGGGAGAGAAGGGGUGAUAGAAAUGUUAGAAUUCUAAUAAUGUACUUUUAAGAUGUUACAAAUCCAAAGAAAUUGAUAUGGGUAUCCGGAGACUGAAGGAAGGGAAUGCUAUACAUUCAACCUUUUGUUAGGUGUUUCCUGUAAGCUACUCUGCUGUACCUUUUAAAUUAGUUCCUUUUCAAACAACGUGUCGCUAAAAGUUAUAUCAAAGCUUUAUCAGUUCAAGUUUCUUGCUUUUCAUAAUACUUUUUUCUGAUGCAAUUUUAUAUUUUCAAACAUGGCAAGUUAAAUAUAAAUUCAUUUAAAUAUAUAGUUUUGUACUUUUCUACCAUGUAAAUGUGCAAUGUAUAUAAAAGUUAUAAUGUGUAUUUGUAAAUAAAUGAUGAGUGAAAAAAUAAAAAAAUUUUAAAA